CAUACGUGUCGCUGUUUUCCAAAUAUAGGUUCUAAAGAAUUUUCCGCGUUAUUGAAAAUAGAAAGUGGGGAUCUGCAGCUCGUGUGUGUGAUCUUAUGAAUAAGAUAAAAAUAGUUUUGUUUUUGAUAAGAUUUUAUUACUAGAAUAUAAGCACAUUAGUACGUUGGUUAUAUUGUGUCGGUCCAGUUUUUUCUAAACACAGAAGUGAUUGUUAAAAAGUUUUGUUUAAGUGCAAUGCCUGGAUAUCGACACAACAUAGAAGAGUGUCCCUUGAACAAACAAACGCAGUGCAAGAAAUCUCCCAGGAGUUUGAGAGGACCUCUUCGGGUUGUGAAAUUAUGUAUCUUGGGAAUAAUAUUGCCCGCAAUCCUUCUGGGAGUGCCACUUUACAUGAGGUACAGGGUUUACGGACACCAGCUGUAUCCAUUGGCGAUGUCGGAUAUGAGGCUAUUGGAUAAUAAGGUGUCUACCACGUGGUGUCAAAGGCAACUUGUAAAGGUGAACACCACAUUCAAUGCAUUUCUUUUACCCGAAGCUCCGCACAUGUCUUCAAAUCUACAGCACCUUUCAAUGGUGAGGCACUUAGUUUUAGAAGACGACACGAAAGAAUAUUGGGGCUUCUAUCUAUUAGCAGGGUCAUCAGUGACCGUUUCAUCUUGCGUCAGAUGGCCUGGCGCAUCUUUGAUUGUGAUAAAGGGGCACAAGCAUCUCCACGAGUGCGCUUACAUCGGAGACAAUUCGUCUGAAGAACUGGACGAGUUGAUGGAAGCCAUUAAAGAAGGCACGUACGUGGCCCCGAAUAAUAGAACUUCGGAAAAACCGAAAGGGGAAAAAGCACCUGCGAAUGAACCGGAUCUCAUGAAACGGCACAGAGAAGAUGUGGAGUUUCACCAUCCAAUCCACAAGAAUUCGUCGUCUAAACAUACUAUUAACAAAAUAGUAGACACCACUGACGUGUCGGAUCCAAAAGUAAUUAAGCAAAUUUUGGAUGCGUUGCAGGAGAAAACGAAUAGAAAAGUGAAAAAUGUCAGUUUGAUAAUGAAAGAUCAUCAACAUAUAAAGAGAAAUUCUACAAUUGCCAAAGAUGAAGUGAAUAAUGUGAACAUAGAACAUUCGGUCCAUGAGAAAAAUACAACUAAUAAUUCACAGGAGGUUUUAAAAGACAUUAUUAAGAAACUGGAAGCUAUGGGUGAAAAAGGUUCGGAUAUUUUAAAGAAGGUGAACAAUCAAUUUAAGAAUAAACCCAAUCAGAAGAAUGUGGAUAAUCAUAUUUUAAAUGUGGUAGGACGCCAUUAUUCCAAACCAGCGGUUGACUUUGCCGAUUCAAUUGAUAAUGCUAGAAGAAGGAAGAGAGACUUGAUUAUUCAAACUGCAAUGGCUUCUCAAUUGGUAGACGAUGAUGAACACAAUGAUCAGGGAAUUGAAGAAGGAUUUACACCAGAUGGAAUUGCUGAUCAUAGAGGAACUGUAAAUGAAACCACGCUGAACGACAUGAGUAACAGCGAAUUUUGGUCGUCUUUUUCAAGUUCAGAAGAAGCUUUACUGAAUUGUGCGGGUUUAAUUUUGAAUUUGCCUUUAACGCCUCAUCACAAUUGCAAUGCAAAUUUAACCCAAGACGAAGCGGAGGAAACCUAUCUAGCAAAUUCUGUUACUUAUAAGGUGCCCUCAAAUGGUUAUUAUUUCUUUGUAUUCAGUAGUGAAAACGAAGUGCAACCAAAUUACAUUCGAGUUCAGUUUCGAUUGAAAAAGACCGUUUAUAACGUGUCAAAUCCUGUUGAGGUUUGUAAGAACACAUCCGAAACGUGCGCAGUAAAUCUAAAAUUUUUCUCAUCUGAAAAACUGGUAAUGGAGCUACCAGUCAAAGAUAACGAAACUUUAUGGAAUGAAGAAUUCGUUGUCGUAUCUGAGUGCGAACCAAGGACCGCCAUUUAUAUCGUCAGUGUUUUAACUGUACCGGUACUGGUGUUAUUGUUCGCCUUUUCGUGAUAUUUAACUGUGAAUAAAUAUGUAAAAAUAAUUAUAUUUUUAUACAAGGCUGUUUUAAUAAAGUGAAUACAAUUAAAAA